AUAGAACGUCCCCGACCCGAAGCCCAAAACUGUGAGAUCAAGCACCUGUUGGAAGCCCCAAGCAGCUGGACUGUGAUAUUCGACGAUCCGACCGUGAGGAACGAAUUAAUUGAAUGUAUAGAGUUGCUCACCGCACUUACCAAAGAACAAACUGCAGAAGUCCGGGAAAUAAUCGACGAAACCAUCAGCAACCAUAGCUUUUAUGAUCCACAAGCCCUGGAAUUAUUUUUAGAG